AUGUCAAAACACUUCCUCCAUUCGUUGUCUAAGGUGCUUGAGCAUUUUGAGAACAAUGCUGAACCAACCAGCAGGCACGAGUCGAACUUUUCCACAGCAAUCGGCUUGUUUCCAGAUGGAGGGUGUCGCUCUGAAGACAGCGCACCAACCGUGUCAAAGCGCAAGGCGGCCUUCAAACUCUUGAAGAGGAUUCAAGACGACCUCGGCUUUGACAUGUUUUUACUGUGUUCGUUCACUUUCUCACAGACUGCACUCUACGGGAUAAAGAAACAUGAAGCAUUCCUCAGAGAGUUACAACAGAGAAUCAAAAUAUCCAGUAAUUUUAGGACAGUGGCUGGGAAAUACAAAGAGAGGCACAAGACGCUAGUUGAAGAUGACGCCACUGCGACCGACAACCACAAUAAAGUGGUGCAUCUGAAACGCAGACUUGGCGACACAGAACUGGAAGGCGGAGAACCGACUCCGCAGGCCAGGCGCAUGACACUGGAUGAGGACGACUUUUGUGACGUGGCCACUGCUGAGCCAACGAAUGACCCACUGUUAUCCGACGGUAUGAUAAACUCCACCAGCGGCACAGCACAUACUGACUGCAAGAAAGCUCCACUCACCGGAAAGGUCUACAAAUUAGGGGUUUUGAACGCUGUCCGGCUAUUGGCGGUGAACAGGGAAACCGACCUCCAAGUGCUACUCACGAUGCCUGAUAGUGAGCAAUGGCCUUUUGUCACGUUCAGAUGCGACCCCAAAGAGGCAAUGCGCCUUUUAACAGAAUUAGAGCAGAUCAUGUAG